UUGAGGACCCCUGGCCUAUACAUUCAUGGCGUAACCCAAGCUGCCUGUCAUCACUAAUGUCCCAAUGAGGACAGAUAGAGAGAGAUAGAGAUAAGGAGGAAGCUGCUAUUAGAAGUGACAGGGCUUCAAGUCAGACUUGAAUUUCUUGCAUCAAAGUUAAUUAUCAAUGGUACCCGCCUAUUAAAAAAAAAACCCAACCAUGUUUGGUCCUGCCCAGUAGUACCUGUUGCAAGGAAGUGAAAGAGAGGGUAAUUUUUUGUCUUCUCAGUUUUUUGUCUUCUCAGAGAGCUUGGGGUGAGCCUCCCUGGGUCAGAGCCUCCAGCUGUCUCAAGAGCCUGGGGUCCCCUCUCCUUCAAACCCUGGCACCAUGGGUGGCAUUAUGGACAUUUCCUUCAUGUACCGAUGGUUUAAGAAUCUUAAUCUGGUCCCAAACCUCUCCGACAAGUAUGUAUUCAUCACUGGCUGUGAUUCUGGCUUUGGGAACCUCCUAGCUCGGAAACUGGAUCAGCGAGGGAUGCGAGUGCUGGCUACCUGCUUCACUGAGGAGGGAGCCCAGGAACUUCGAAGGGCAUGCUCCCACCGGCUUCAGAUCACCUUUUUGGAUGUCACCAAGACAGAGAGCAUCAAGGCAGCGGCCCAAUGGGUGAAUGCCCAAGUGGGAGAUCGAGGGCUCUGGGGCCUGGUGAAUAAUGCUGGAGUGGGCCUACCCAGUGGCCCCAAUGAGUGGCUGACCAAGGAGGACUUUGCAAAAGUGAUAAAUGUGAACCUGAUAGGAAUGAUUGAGGUGACUCUGAACAUGCUUCCAAUGAUCAAGAGAGCCCGGGGCAGGGUCGUCAACAUGUCCAGCAGUGGGGGCCGCGUGGCAGUCAUUGGCGGUGGUUACUGCGUCUCCAAGUUUGGUGUGGAAGCCUUCUCUGAUAGCAUCAGGAGGGAGCUCUAUUAUUUUGGCGUGAAAGUCUGCAUCAUUGAGCCUGGAAACUACCGGACCGCCAUUCUGGGCACGGAAGACAUAGAACAACGCAUGAGAUACCUGUGGGAGCGGCUCCCGCAGGAGACAAGAAAUAGCUAUGGAGAGCAGUACUACUACCUUUACACGAAAAACUUAAAAAAUAUAACCAGACUGGCAGAACCGAAAAUCAGUGAGGUCACAGACUGCUUAGAGCACGCCCUUACCUCUCGAAAUCCCCGGAUCCGCUAUAAUCCUGGCCUGGACGCCAAACUCCUCUACCUCCCACUGGCCAAGUUUCCCACAGCGCUGACGGACUUCAUUCUGAGCCGAUACCUCCCAAAGCCAGCAGACAGUGUCCUCUGAGGCACUGAGAAGGGGUAUUGGGAUCUGGUAAAGUGCACGGGAGUCUCAGUGUGGCUGAGUGUGAGGAGCCAUUUUUUUCAUCUGAAACCUCCCUCCCCAGGAUUUUUUAUGUCUUUCAUAAGGAGCAUCUCUCACCAUGCCAAUGCUUAACGCAAACCUAAGGUAAUGUUCCCAGAGUCAGAACCCCUCUAUAGUGCUGGGAAACCACAAAGAGUAUAAGAAGAAGAACAACCUACAUACAUAGUAUUUUCUUGGUUUUUACAAAACAUUUUGUCACAAUAACUCUGUGAGAUAGGUGGGAAAGUAUUAUUCUUUCAGUUUUACAGAUAAGCAAACUGAGAUCCAGAAAAUUGAAGUGAUUUUUCCAACGUUGCACAUAUAAGUUUGUAGCAGAGGUGGGAUCCAAACCUAGGUCUUCAGAUUCUUCAACUAAUGGUCUUUCCAUUACACCCAGUUGCAUUGCUUUCUCAGGAGAGCCAAUGACACAGUCUCCUCAGUUUUUUGCUGAAAUGUAAUGCCAAAAUCAAGAAAAGGACAAGUUCCUCCCAAAUAUUUACCCAAUAAAUAUAAUCAGUUCCCAAUUCUCCAAACUGAAGAAUGAUGAGGAAGUUGUUGGGAGUAAUUUGCAAUAGGAUAUAAUUUUUUAGAAUGUCUAUUUUCUAUUUUCAGUCUUUGAAUAUAAGGAAAAAUUUCAGCUUCUAACCCUCCAAAUUGGAAGUUGUGAAACAACACUACAAUCAUGUUAUUCAAGUAAAAACCUUGAAAUGAUUUCCCUAAAAUUUUUCAGUGUUUUAUUCAGUAGAUGGAUGCUGUACAUACUAAUAAACAUUUACAAUCUCUUCCUUUAAGGAUCUUAUUGUCUAGGGGAAUUGAUGUUGAAAGAACACCGAAUUAAUAAAAAUAAUGAAUUAAAAUGUUUCAGAAAGAAGGGACCUUCUCACUGCUAAUAUUUAUAUAUCACUUUAAGAUUCAGAAAAGGUUUCUCACAUUUGUCUUAUGAUCUGUGAUCAUUCCCAUUUCAUAAAUGAAGAAACUGAAGUAGAGAAAGAUUAAGUGAUUUGCCUGAAAAUCACAGAGUCAGUCAGUGUCUGAGGCAGCAUUUAAACUCAGUUCUUCUUAACUCCAGUCCAGCUCUCCAUUUCACCACCUAGGUGCCUUAUAAAUACUUUAGGAACCAAAUUUCAGAACUGGAAAGUAUUUCUGUGGCCAAAUCCCUCAAUAAAACAAUGAGGGGCAACUAGCUGACCCUGCACAAUCACCAAUGGGCUUCUAAGGAUUAAUCUGAACAUCUUUAGUGAGGGAUCUAAUGGCUAUAUUCUCUCUGGAGUCCUUGUCCCUCUUCCAGAUUCAUGGUGAUUGUGACUAAUGGAGCUCAGUGGAGAGGAUAUAGAUACAGAGAACCCUCUUCUUUCCUGUCCCCAACUUCCUCUUCCCCAACUAGGAAGCUUGCCUCUUUACUACAGCAAAGUCAGGGCAAAAUCAACUUAAGCAUUUUCCCCCUGUGAUUCCUCUACUCGAUUUAUUUUCUGUUGCAUGUGAAUUGGGGUUCAGGCUGGUGCAGGAUAGGAAGGCCAAAAGGAAUUUAAACUCUGCUACCAGUUUAACUGUACAAAUGCAGGGGUAAGGGAGCAUGAUCCAGGUAGGAAGAUGACAAUGUUUUCUAUUUUAGAAUAAAGGGAAAGAUUUGAUUACAUAAAACAAAGGUUCUUAAUCUUUAGGGGGAUUAUGGACCAUUUAGUCCAUGUUUGAGGAAAACCAACAGACUCCUCAGAAUAAUAUUUUUUAAUAAUUGAAGGAAACAAUAAAUUUCAUUUGGAGGUUAAUGAAAAUAACAAUUUUUCCCCAUCCAAGUCUAUAGAUACCCUAAAAUCUGUACAUAGACUCUUUUAGAGGUUUCUGCAUCCCAAAUUAUGAAACAUUAUAUUAAAAAGAGUUCUUUGCAAAGGCUGCAUUUUUGAAGGUAAAUUUUAGCUGUUAAAUUAACAAUUAAGUUAAUUAAGUUUGUUUAAUGGAUAAAAAUGUCCUUUAUGAUUGAGUAUUCAAAAACUACUCUUCUGGGAAAAAAAAUCCCUGGGGUGCACACUCUAAUGAAAAGUGCUGAUAAAGUUUUAUGUUUCUGGGAUAAGCAGAAAAGGACAAAUACUUAAAGAGAAAUUUCAUGGCAAUCUUUUCCCUUUUCUCCCCCACCCCAUCUUUAUCUUCUCCCCAGAAUAAACUACUUUAAUUGCUUUAACCAAUUCUCAUAUGGCCUAGUUUCAUCCUUCUGCUUGCUCUUCUAUGGGUUCUCAGGGACUGGCCAACGUCUUUUUAAAAAUGGAAUGGAACCCUAAGGAAGUAUUUUAAAGAAGGUCUGCUAAGUGUAGAUUAUAAUGGGAUGACCAUUACCUCUCACUUUUCUAACACUGUCUUAAUGCAAAAUGACCCCCUCACAUUUAGUUUAAAAGGUUAGAGAAGUUUGAUUUUUUUUUCUGUUAACUGUCUCCAGUAUGGAUUUGCCAGAGUAACUUUAUUAUAGAGGUUUCUAUAAAAAUAAAUUUGUAUUCUCUGGGUACCCACUGACUGAGAGCAAUGGGAAGAUGGCUCAGAAGCCUCUUGGGUGGUGAUGGGAGUAGGAUAUUGCUGAGAAUCAAUCAGUCCCUGUUCUGAUGCGGAGCAUUCACACACACACAAAAAAAUGAAAAUAACAGCUGAAUAGUAUACAUUCUUUGAAUCUGGUCAUCUCUCUGGAGAUCAUUACAUUGCAUUUGAAAAAGAGACUUUACAACACAAAGGUUAUUUUUUUGUGUCAUUGACCCUUUUGGGCAGUCUGGCAAAGCCCUUCUCAAUAUUUGAGGGAAAUAUUUCAGUUUGCGAUAAGGAAAAUAAAUAUGUAAUUUUCCCCCAACAUUCAAAUUCAAGGAUGCCCUUGAAAUCGAUCUUGUGAACCCAGGUAAAGAACUUCUGCUUUAGGGAGGAAAGAGAGGAGUCUGUCCUUCAUCCUAACAUAGAGACCUCUACCUCUUCUACCACAUGGGGUGAGUUAAGGGAUGUCUGCUCCCAGCAAGUGAAGACUUCCCCCCAGUGGAAUGGGUGGAUGAGAAUAAUUUUUUCUAAUAAUCAUGGAGGCAACUGGAAACUGUGGAACACAUAGAGCUUGGUUAGACAAUGCACAGUCAUCCACUGCAUCCUAGGCCAUCACUGGAUAUGAUUCUGGAAGAGAGAAUGAGGUUGAUGACUCUGCCUCACUUAAAUCCCAUUCAUAUGUGAUGUCAACCUAUUAUGUCAUUGGUCCUUUUUGAAAAUGAAGAAAGAACAACAAGAUGGGUAUAUCCAACCCUGAAUGACUGCUUUUGUCUUUAAACCUGGUUAGAAUUGGUUGCUCUUUUUUCUUUUCCAAUUGUUUUUAAACCAUAUUUAUUUGCUGCAUCCAGAGGGUUAAGAUCACAGUUCACCCAUAGCAUGGAUGCCAUGAACUGAAUUAUAACUAUAAGGAAUAACUUUCUCUGCUCCCUCUCUUUUACUCCAGGUCUGAGAAAUGGGCCUGGAGAUGUUAGGGGCUGGAGCUUUGCAAAUGCAAAAAGCAUUUAACUCUUAGACAAUGAGGAACAUGGUAACUAGCAUUAUCUGUGAUGCUUUGCCCAGAAUAAAAUUGGGCCUUUUGCGUUGUAGGGAACCCUUAAAGACUUUUGAGGAGAACUGUGCCUUUUUUAUUUUGAGAUGCUCUAUAUUGCAAAAUCCUAGAGAAAUAGAGCAAAAAAAAUAGACUAUAAAUGUACAGUUGAUUUUUUUCUGAUUAGUAUUUCCUUACAAGUCAGUUCCAUUGAUAUAAUUUAGCAAAAGUUGCUCGAUUGUCUAAAAAUGGAUAGGUUUGGUGCUAUUGAAUUCUUUAUGAGAUUUGAUUUACUAAUAAGUUCUGUUUUAUCAUGUCCUGUAUAAAUACUAAUAUUAAGUUUAAUGUGAGAAACCUGGAAUCAAUAGAUUGCUUCUGUCAAAUAGAAAUACUCAUAUUUUUCAUUUUUUUAUUUUAAGCAGACCUAGAUUGUUUGCUUUUUGUGAAAGCACAAUACCCUAUAAUUUCUUAGGGUGAGAAUGUCUGAGCAGUCCCAUGAGGGACUUUUGUACCAUGCCCAAGUUGCUUAACAUGGAGGCCUUUACAACCCCUACUAUGUAAGUGGAUAUAACCUCCUUUGAUUGACUGCCUUCUUCUUUAAAACUGAUGAGAUUACAGGAACACUAAUGUACCAUUGGUG